AUGGCUGGCUUCACAGGUUAUCUACUUGAUCCUUCCUCUCUCACUAUCCUUGCCACCGCAGCAGGACUGAGCAUUAUUGUUUGGUAUACGGCUGUUGUUAUAUACCGAAUCAAUUUCCAUCCAUUGGCAGACAUUCCUGGGCCAUUCCUUGCCCGAGCAACGCAUUUAUAUUCCUUUUAUUUCAAUGGUAUAUUGGACGGGAAAUUCUAUCUUCAAGUUGAGAGGUUGCAUAAUAUAUAUGGCUACAUUCACGACGCCGAUAACAACAUCCACCGGAUGAAGCGAGCGGCCUUCAACCCGUUCUUCUCUCGAAAGCGUGUGCUUGAACUCGAAGACAUUGUUCAAUCAAAGGCCAAAACACUGGUGAGGCGCAUAUCCACCGCGCUUAAGUCCUGCGGAGGAAUAGAUCUCCAUCAUGGGUUCCGCGCAAUCUCAAUCGAUGUCAUCAGCGACUAUGCCUUUGACAAUUGCUAUAACUUCCUGGAAAAGGACGACUUCGGCGCGCCGUUUUUUGACAUGAUCCGAGGCUUUGGUCCGAUGUUUUGGUUUUUCCAGCAAGCCCCCUUUAUGCGGCCGAUCCUCCUAGGAGUACCACCGUGGGUGGCCAAAUUGACGAGUCCAUCGUUGACUCGCAUGUUGCAGUUCCAUCAAAGCAGUCGAGAGCAAGUGGUCAGGGUGAAACAUCAGGUGGAGGCGAACGUGAAACCCGAGCGAACGACCAUCUUUCACCAAUUCCUAAACCCGGAGUUCAUGAAAGAUAUCCCGACAGUCGAACAAUUGAAAGAUGAAGCAUACAUCGUUGUUGCGGCAGCUGCUGAUACGACUGGUAAUGCCCUGACGAUAGGACUAUACAACACCGUUUCAUCACCGAAAAUAUAUGCAGCGGUGACCGCCGAACUGCGAGAAGCAUUCCCAGACCCAGAUGGAGAUGUUGACUUUGUUACUCUAGAGAGACUGCCGUAUUUUACUGGUAUCAUCAAGGAAGCCUUGCGCUUAUCAUUUGGCGUUGUUGGACGCCUUCCUCGAGUAGUACCAGAAUACGGUGCCGAGUUUGAUGGAUACAAACUGCCGGCCGGCACAACUGUGAGCAUGAGCUCGUGGACCAUGCAUCGAAAUCAAGACAUCUUCCCUGACCCAGAUGAAUUUGAUCCGUCGCGCUGGUUAGACCCGAAAGUCAGUUCCGAGCUUGAAAGGUAUCUCGUGGCAUUUAGCAAAGGAUCCCGCGCCUGCGUUGGAAUGCAACUUGCCGCCUGUGAGCUUUAUGUCACCCUCGGCAGAGUGCUGCGCAGCUUUCCAGAUUUGACCAUCAAGCCGAAAUCAAGGGAAGAACUGCUGUAUAUGGACUAUUUCUCCUCCUAUCAUCCGGACAAGUACAACAAGUUCUACUUUGAACUCCCGAGCAGCAAGGUAGAGGCGUGA